AUGGCCGACGGGGAAACCUAUUGUGCUAUCUGUGGUGUACCAGCACACAAGAUCAGGAUCAGGAAUUAUGAUGAUAGCCGUAUAUCACGAAGGAGUGCAGAGAGUCAGAUGAACGUCAGUCUCAUGGGCCGACCAGACAAGAAAGCUGCAAAACCACGCCCUGUUAUACUCGCCACGCCUGUAAGGUAUCUGGGUCAUAAUCGGUAUGAGCUUCCAUCACCCGAUCAUCCUUUUGCCACGGAAUACAGUUUCGGCGAAGUUCCAACAUACGACUGGACUGAGGAGCACGAUGUUUUGAUUCCGUUUCACCUUCACUGCUUCGACCUUGCCAAGCAAGUCGCAAGUCCUCAUGAUAUCGAUGCUUCUAUCAUAUACGAGACUUUCCGAUCCCAUUGCGACAAACCCUAUACUUUUGGUCUUCAACUUGACUAUGGAGGUGCAAAAGACUGUCGAUUGGUGGAGUGGAGGGAAAUAAAAGGUACAGAGUAUCUGCUCGCUUCUCCGACUGAAAUCCCCCAUGCCACAGACUUCAUUAAGAGCAUCCUGGCCGAGUCACAGCUCCAAGAGCCUCAGGCUGCAGUUACUCGACAUGAUAGAGAUGACAAAGACACACUCGACAAGCUCCCAGGCGAACUUCUGUCCGGCAUUAUUCAGUGUCUCGACCUCAAGAGUCUCUGCGCCGUGCGUCUUGCGUCGAGAAGUGCAGCGAGAGAAACAUCUUCAAACGCCUUUUGGAAGAACAAAAUCUCUUCCGAUAUGCCCUGGGUUGUCGGUCUGUUCCCUGGGAGAGACGUCAUGGAUAAUCUACAGAUUGAUUGGCUCAAGGUCUACAAAGCGCUGCGAGCAAUCAGCAAAGGCGAAGACCAACGACAGCCUUUCACUACAGGUGGUAUACGAAAUCGGGCCCGAGUCUGGGACGUCUGCACGCGAUUUCUGAAUGAGUAUUGGCCCCGGAAAGAAGCACGAGAAGAGGAACUGGUCAACAAAACAGCGGUCCUCAAAAAGGCAGAAAAUACCCCGGAACCUGUAUUGAGAUUCCCCAAAAGUAACGGCCUCAUGUCGUCCAAGGCGAGUCUUAUAGAGACCUUUGACGAUAUGCUAAGCGCUGAGCCUGUCAUCGAGGUGCUCUGGUCAGCUGGCGGUGAGCUUGCUGGUAUUUCUUGUAGCACUACGGCUGGAGGAAGAGCGAGAACGGCCGGAUCAAAGAGUCUCUAUGCUACGAGCGACAAAGUGCACAUCCCUAAGGACGACUGGAUCACUGAGCUGGUCAUCACCAGUCAAGAUGCUCUGGAUGGAAGUAGUGAGCUUAACAAUCUUGACGAAGAGGAGCUCGACACCAUCAUACGCAAGGUGGUUGGUCUGGAAUUUAUCUUUUCCAAGCGCGAUCCAGUACAGGUUGGCGAGUCCAAGGGCGAUAAGCUCCUCCUCCUCCCAGAAUCUGACAGCUUUAUCGUCGGGUUUCAAGCUGGGCGGGCUGCAGGGGAGCCCAUUUCCGACCUGUCCUUGUUAUACCACCCUCUCACCAAAGCACCGAAAGAAAGUCGUUCGCGAGUCCAUCCCCGAGAGUACCUGGAUGAAUUUGGAGUUCAAUUGAACGAUCCCGAGACUACCACUUAUCUGUGGAAGAAUGAACUGCCACCAAGAGAACUUCACAUCAUUCCUGCUCGAUGCGGUAUUAUGCCCCCUGAUCCAGACGAUGAUAAUCUCUGCGAAUCUCUUAUCUUUGGUACUACAGAUGAUGACUUGAGCAAGAUUACCUCCAUCGGCGUGGAUGCUCAACUCCGAGGGUUUGAAGUAUGCCUUAGCAAUGGAGAAUCUCGCACCAUCGGAAAGACAAACGCGAUGCAAUACUUUCCCAUUGAUGGCCAAGGCGGCGAAAGGAUUCUGUAUGUCAACUCGGAGAUAUCCUUCUACCCAACCGGAGUACAAUUCGUCACCACCAAAGGUCGCCACUUCAUCGUCGGACAACCUGAUCCACAUGCCAAGAUCAGGUUUCCCGAAGCAGGACGGCUUAAUGACCGCGAUGCUCUGAUGGGUAUCUACUGCCAUUGGCGGCACCGGCAUACGCCACAGACCGGGCUUGAUAUGAUCGGAGCGUUUGUUAGCAAAUCUGGUCUUGGUCCCUCCGUACGACCCCAGCUGGCGAUGGAUGUGGACGAGCACUAUUGGGCACCUGAACUUCCGCCGAAAGGAAUGAAGAAAAUUGGUAGGGUCUAUGGAGAACGGGGUUUUGAUUCCAUAAAAGACAGCAGAAUUCGCCCUCAAGUGCCGAGCAGAAAUGCUGUCGUUUCAUGGUUCGACUGCAGCAGGCCUAUUGCAUCGAUUAAGGUUGGCCUUUGUCACGGGACAGAGAAAUUUCAGAUUCCGUUGGUAGCAAUGACUUUUACAUAUGCAGACGAUAAGACCACCAUGUCCAUCGGCCCAACAAAGUUCUCCCCUCCGAAGGACAAACUGGGUAGGGCUGGUCACUACUGGUGUGGGUGCGCAGAGGGGAGUCAUCGAGAUGAAGAACUGCAGCAGCAGCCGCACUAUACCGAAGAUGAAUGGGAUGCGCAAGGGUCGUAUCUUGAGUCUGCUCAGGUAUGGGUUGGUGACCACGGAGUUUUGACGGGACUGCAGUUUAUUGCGCGAGAUGAGAGAGAAAGUCCAGCCUGGGGAUAUUGUAUAAGUGAGAAGCCCGUAACUGAUCCUCACAUCAACGUCAGGCGCCUCACAAAACCUGUUAAAUUGCCGCUUAAGACGUCGGAGGAGAAUCGUGGGGCGGGGCUCAAGGUAUUUGUUGAUAGGAUGGAUCGAGAUGUUCCGCGGGAUGAUCAUGUGGUGGUCGGCAUUCAGCUAUUUGAGUUUAGCAAAGAUUAA